CAGGAGCCCGACCUUAACGGCUGACUCCAUGUUGCGCUGACUGGCCCCGCAGGCUCAACUUAGAACCACAACGAUGGUGGCGGUCGCAGCCGUAUGAAUAGAAUAAUACAAAGUGGGCCUUUUUGCACGUCCCAUUAUCUUACACGGAACAUACUGAUUUCGGCCUUUGAGGCGACUUGUUUUGCUCCGCCGGAACAGCGAACAAGUGCAGCGUUUAUAAACAGCACUAUUUACUGUGCAUAAAGCAGAAUGUCUGAGCCGGGCGAGGAGCCCGUCGCUGCUCCUGCGGGACCGGCUCCGGACCCAGUGCUCAAUGAGCUAUAUGGAUCGGAGCGACCUGCUGUGGAGCUAUUACCAGGAGUUCCUCUGUCACCAAUUGUAAACUCCUGUUGGCUUCCAGCAGAUGCCAAGGCGAUGCUGGCGGAAAGCUGGAUUCCCGUCCCACCGGAGGACGCGGGCGAGGAGGCAGGCCCCCCACCCCCUGCGUUCGAGGCCGCUGCGCCCGAGUACAACGAGCUGGUACGGAGGCUUGCAAAGACAGCUCCCUUUCGCAAGUGGAAUGAGUUAACAAUCCAGGCGAAGCAACUGGAGCAGGAGGUUGCGGGGCUCAAAGGACCUGACGCAGAGGCCAAGCAGGCGGAGCUUGAGAACGUCAAGGUGCAGAUUGCGGACGCAGAGGCGGCGGUGGCGGAGGUGAAGCAAUCGUUCAGCGACGACCCGCUGUCGCUGACGGGCUGGAUGCAAGCACUGACGGACCUGGCGGACGGGGGGAUGACCACGUUUGAGGUGAGCGGCCAGGGCUGGCCUUACUGCUCUUUGCGGCAGCUGUUCGGCGAGAUGCCGUCCGCGGCGCCGCCCGCGGGCUUCUUCGACGGCGUGGAGCGUGUGCUGGGCACCUUCAAGCGGAGGUACGAGAAGGAGCGCGGGCCGGGCAGCGUUCAGCUCAUGCUCAAGCUCGCGCCCAACGUGUUCUCCGACGCCUGGUCCACUGGCGGCGCGCCCGCCGCGGUGGCCGCGGUGGAGGCGUACGUGGAGCGCGCUCGUGCCAACGUGUUCGGCCCCGAUGGCGGCGUGACGCCCGAGGGAGUGCCCGAGCCCCUGGACCUAGUGCAGCUGGUGUGGUGGGACUUUGCCGCGGCCGACCCGCUGCCGGUCCUCAAGGCGCUGCAGAGGAUGGCCACGGACCAGCUGCAGGUGGAUGAGGACAGCGGCGAGGUGUCAGUGUCGGAGCCCAAGAAGAUCCGCGGCAUCGGGCUGGUGGACUUCCCAGCGGAUCGGCUCAAGGCCGCUAUCCAGGCGGGCGUGCCCAUCACCUGCGUGCAGGUGGAGCACUCGGUGCUGGUGCGCAGCGCGCAGCCUGUGCUGGACCUGUGCGCCAAGUACGGCAUCAAGGUGCUGGCACGCGGCGGCACACUGGGUGGCCUGCUGUCCGCCAAGUACCUGGGCGCGCCGCCGCCCGACCCGGUGCGCGGCGACGCCGACCUGGACUCGGUGCCGGGGUGCCUGGACGCCGUGAACAACGUGGGCGGCUGGGCGCGGCUGCAGGCGGCGCUGGCCGUGAUCAAAGGCAUCGCGGACAAGCACGGCGUCAAGCCGGAGACGGUGGCGCUGCGCUGGCAGAUCGACGCCGGCUGCUUCCCGCUGGUCACGACCAGGUGGUCGUCCCGCGUGUGGCGGCAGUUCGGGUACGAGGGCUGGUCCAGCUUCGAGGUGAGCGGCGGCCGCCCGGGUGUGGACGGGCCGCUGUUCCAGGUGGAGUCGUUUCUGGACGUGGAGGACGUGCGGGCGCUGGCGGGGCUGGCGGCGGUGCACUGAGGCCCGAAGGCUGGCUGAGGCACUGCGUGUUUGGAACUAAAGCGAGGGGCUGAGGCUGUGUGGCACGUGGCAUGUGGCAGAAGGGGUGUUGAAGGAGGUAGAGGCCACGUCAUGACUAUGGCGACGGCUGGGGUAGGACUGGGCAGGGCGGUCGGCAGGUCGCGGCUUCUGGAGCUCACCACGGAUGCAGGCAGAUGCAGUGGCCGCAACUGGUAGUGCGUUGGAAGGUGUGGUGUGGGAGCUCCGAUAGUGCACACGGUUUGCAGCGAGGAUGCGGGAGAUUGGAGAACGCCCGUCUGCCAAUGAGGUGGGCUACCGGCCACAAACGAACAUGUGUGUGUGUAACUUGUACGGGUAUGGGUACUUCGCAUGGUUGUAAUGCGCUGGAUGUCAAUCACUUGAUCUGGAUGUGCGCACGGACAAGUCUGCGCAUGAGCGGCAUGCACACAACUCUGGCUGGAGGAACACCUUGAAGCUCGCUUGGCAUGUACCCUUCUCCGCGUCCUUUGCAUGCGUGCACGGCAUUAGGCUCGAUGCCGACAGUCCACCCACCUGCAACGGUUCAUGCACGAGUAACUACACGGCGAAACCUACAACGCCCG